AUGGCGCUUCUGGGGGUGAGGCUGUUGUCAUGCCCCCGAGACAGUGGAGAUGUCUGCAACUUUAUGUCCCACGAGAAAUGCCUGAAGCACGUGAAGACGCCCUGUUCGAGUGUGGCGCCCAGCCUGGUCCGAGUCCCUGUGGCCCACUGCUUCGGCCUGCGGGGGCUCUACAAGCGCAAGUUCUGCGCCGUGUGCCGUAAGGGCCUGGAGGCACCCGCCCUCCGCUGCGAAGUGUGUGAGCUGCACGUUCACCCCGACUGUGUGCCCUUCGCCUGCAGCGACUGCCGCCAGUGCCACCGGGACGGGCACCGGGACCACGACACGCACCACCACCACUGGCGGGAGGGGAACCUGCCCUCGGGUGCGCGCUGCGAGGUGUGCAGGAAGACGUGCGGCUCCUCCGACGUGCUGGCGGGCGUGCGCUGCGAGUGGUGCGGUGUGCAGGCCCACUCCGUCUGCUCCACCGCACUCGCCCCCGAGUGCACGUUUGGGCGCUUGCACACCAUGGUGCUGCCCCCCGCGUGCGUGCGCCUGCUGUCCCGCAACUUCAGUAAGAUGCACUGCUUCCGCAUCUCUGAGACAUUCACCCCCAAUGACCUGCCGGAUGUCACGAAGCCGGUGGAGCAAGGGCUCUUCAUCCGCCAGCACCGUCCGCUGGACUGCAAGGCUGGACUGGUGUCUGUGAGCCACGUCUACUCCUCCCAAGGUGCAGUGGUGCUGGACGUGACCUGCUUUGCAGAGGCGGAGCGACUGUACAUGUUGGUCAGGGACACGGCUGUGCAUGGCCGGCCGCUCACUGCCCUGGUGCUUCCAGAUGUGUUGCACACGAACCUGCCCCCAGACUGCUGCCCCCUCCUCGUGUUUGUGAACCCCAAGAGUGGAGGCCUCAAGGGCCGCGACCUGCUCUGCAGUUUCCGGAAGCUGCUGAACCCUCACCAGGUCUUUGAGCUGACCAAUGGGGGGCCUCUUCCUGGGUUCCACGUGUUCUCCCAGGUGCCCUGCUUCCGGGUGCUGGUAUGCGGUGGGGAUGGCACUGUGGGUUGGGUGCUCGCUGCCCUGGAGGAGACGCGGCGCCAUCUGGCCUGCCCAGAGCCUUCUGUGGCCAUCCUGCCCCUGGGCACAGGGAAUGACCUUGGCCGGGUCCUCCGCUGGGGAGCGGGCUACAGUGGGGAGGACCCGUUCUCCGUGUUGGUGUCGGUGGACGAAGCUGACGCCGUGCUUAUGGACCGCUGGACCAUCCUGCUGGAUGCUCAGGAGGCUGGAGGUGCAGAGAACAGCAUGGCAGAUGUGGAGCCUCCCAAGAUUGUGCAGAUGAGUAACUACUGCGGCAUUGGCAUCGACGCAGAGCUAAGCCUGGACUUCCACCACGCACGGGAGGAGGAGCCUGGCAAGUUCACCAGCAGGCUCCACAACAAGGGCGUGUACGUGCGGGUCGGGCUGCAGAAGAUCAGCCACUCACGCGGCUUGCACAGGGAGAUUCGGCUCCAGGUGGAGCAGCGGGAGGUGGAGCUGCCCAGCAUCGAGGGUCUCAUCUUCAUCAACAUCCCCAGCUGGGGCUCGGGGGCCGAUCUGUGGGGCUCGGACAGCGACUCGAGGUUUGAGAAGCCGCGCAUGGAUGACGGGCUGCUGGAGGUGGUGGGGGUGACGGGCGUCAUGCACAUGGGCCAGGUCCAGGGCGGGCUGCGCUCGGGCAUCCGCAUCGCCCAGGGCUCCUACUUCCGCGUGACUCUCCUGAAGGCCACGCCCGUGCAGGUAGACGGCGAGCCCUGGAUCCAGGCUCCCGGGCACAUGAUCAUCUCAGCUGCGGGGCCGAAGGUCCACAUGCUCAGGAAGACCAAGCAGAAACCCAGGAAGGCUGGGACCCCCAAGGAUGCCCGAGCAGAUGGGGUGCCUGUCCCCGAAGGGGACCCCAAGUAGCAGAGAGCCCUGGAACGGUCUGUGUAUCCAGCAGCAGCCAGCCAGCCAGCCACGAUGGACUUGCCCAUAGCUCUGACUGUGGCGUGUCUCCCCCUCAUCCCUGUGACACGUGGAAGCUGCUGGGUGGGUGGCAGGUGUUUCCUCCCCUGGCCUCUGGUCCAGUGACAGGGUGGGUGCGGGGCUUUGGCUGGCCAAUGCUCUCGCCUCUUGGGGUCCAGGCCACCAUCACCAUCCUGGGUAGCACAGGCACUUCUCCCUUUGCAUUCACUGCCGCCGC